AGUCGUUUGGGUUAUUUAUUUUAGGAAAAAUCUAAAGUGAAGGGAGCAUCAUCUUUGCAGAGUAUCUACUCAAAAUGAUGCUAACUAUAAGUACUAAAGGUGAGAAAACUACAUCUACACCUGCCAUGGAGCAACCAUGCCAUCGUUUUUCAAUGUCUGAGCUCAGUUCAGCAACUGAUAACUUUGAUGAAAAAUACUGCAUUGGCCAUGGGGGGUGCGGUAAGGUAUACAAAGGAAUGAUUUCUAACGGACCAACUGAUAUCUAUGCCAUUAAGCGGUUGCAUUUCAUGUCGGAUCAAGGUGAACCUGAGUUUUGGGCUGAAGUCGAGAUGCUUUCAAGGCUGCGCCAUUGUAACCUGGUGUCUUUGAUUGGAUAUUGCAAUGAGGGGAAAGAUAUGGCCCUUGUUUAUGAAUACAUGCAUAAUGGAACGCUUUCUGAUCAUCUUCACAAGAAGGGUACACACCUGACUUGGUCUCAACGACUCAAGAUAUGCAUAGGAGCUGCACGAGGUCUAGAUUACCUUCACAUUGGCACUGGCACACGACAUGGUGUCAUACACCGUGAUGUGAAAACUACCAACAUUUUGUUGAAUGAAAAUUAUGUUGCCAAGAUUGCAGACUUUGGAUUGGCUAAAAUAGGACCGACAAAUCAGACACAUACAUAUGUUAGCACCAAAGUCAAAGGCACCUUCGGAUAUAUGGAUCCAAAUUAUUUUUACACAGGUAGACUGACAAGAAAAUCUGAUGUCUAUGCCUUUGGUGUUGUAUUGCUUGAGGUGUUGUGUGGAAGGCCUGCUUUGGACAAGAGUUUGGAUGAGGGUUUAGCGGUGUGGGCUCAAGACCUAAUUAAACAAGGAAAAGUCACUCAGAUUAUUGAUUCUAGAUUGAAGAACCACAUUUCAAAGAGUUCUUUGAAGGAAUUCUCCCGUAUUGUAGUUCGAUGUUUGCUUAGUCAUCCGGAUCAACGGCCGACAAUGAGUGAGGUUGUUGGCAGUCUUAACAUGGCAUUAUCAUUCCAAGAAAAAAAGGCAUCUUCUGCCCAAGGAGGGAUCACCGUCAGGAAAGUAUGGUCAUUGCUUUCACUUAAAGGAGAUUUUGAACUUAAAAGCUCAGAGAGGAUUGAGCUUUCACUUAAAGGAGAUUUUGAACUUAAAAGCUCAGAGAGGAUUGAAAGUAAGGAUCAGCUUCCUGCAAUAGAGAGCCUCCAGAUUGUUGGAGAUGCAAAUCCUGGAGGAAAGUUACAAGUGUUGGGCUUUGCAGUCAAUAAAGUUUCUUUCCUGUUCCAAUGGAUUCACCAUUCACCUGAUGGGUCUAUUGAAUACAUAAAAGGUGCAACUAGCCCGACAUAUACGGUUUCAUUAAAUGACUUAGGUACCCACCUUUGUGUGCAUGCUAUGCCGGUGGAUAAAAAGGGACGAGUUGGCAAACUUUAUAGUUGCUUUGCCAACAACGGGCAUUUUAUUGGUGAGAAUGUUAGCGUACCAGUUUCUAGCGUUGUAAAUGAAGAACAAUAUGAUAAUAAUGAUUCUAGCGUUGUAAAUGAAGACCAAUAUGAUAAUAAUGAUUCGCUUCCUUCAAUAGAGAGCCUCCAGAUUGCUGGAGAUGCAAGUCCUGGAGGAAAAUUACAAGUGCGGGGCCUCACAAUCAAUGGUACAGUUUCUUGCAUGUUUCAAUGGGUACGCCAUUUAACAGAAGGAUCAAUUGAAUACAUCGAAGGCGCAACCAGCCCAACAUAUACCGUUGCGUUAGAUGACUUAGGUACCCGCAUUGGUGUAGAAGCUAUGCCUUUGGAUAAAAACAGACGCCCUGGCGAAAUAUAUUGCUGCUUUGCCAACAAUGGACUUUUAAUCGGAGAGUGUUAGCGUAUGGAGUUUCAGGAUUGUAACCGAAGUUGAAGCAUAUGAAACAAUGCCUCCAGAAAGACAAUAUGCAAUUAAUUAUCCGCUUCCUUCAAUAGAGUUGGAGAAGCAUAACCCGGUGGUAAAUGGUACAUAUAGUUUCUUGCAUGCUCGAACGGAUUCACCAUUUACAUAAUUAAAGAUGAUGUGAAUACAUAGAAGUUGGCCCAACCAGCCCAACGUAUACAGUUGUAUUUGUAUUGGAUAACAUAGGUACCCCCGUGGUGUAGAAGUGUCGUGUG